ACUCGCGGUGUCUCCUUGCUGACGUGCUGGCUGCUCCGAUCUCUGCCCCCCUCCACCCUGCCCGUCCGUUUUCUACGAGUGCAACGCCUCUUUUCGAGAGAGAGCCAUCCGAUCCCGAGGGCAUCUCCUUCGCUCAUCUCCACACCGCCAGCCCCUCUCCUAGACCGACUCUGCGAAGUGUCAGACGAGUCCUAUUCAAAAUGUCCGAGAAACGUUCUGCCCCGAUCGACGGCCACAUCGGCGAGCCACGGGAUAUGAAGCGCAAGAAGGUUGUUUCUGAGGACACGGAGCCCCGCCCGUCCGCCCCCCCUCUCCUCGCCGACGCACCGUCCCAGGCGGCCCUGGAGGCGCAGGAGGUGGCUGCUGUCGCCCAGAUCCUGCCCGUGGCCGAGGAGGAGGAACUCCAGGAACCUCCACCACGGGCUCUGUGCGAGUCCCUCAUGUCCAUCUGGCAAGCGAUCAAUCGGUAUGAAGAUUUUAAAUCAUGUAGUGACCUGAUCCCAGGGAAACUGUAUGAGAUUUCAUACAUCUACAAGAGUGUGCAUGAAAAAUUCGGACUCAAGGCUUAUGGCGAGGUGCACGAGACGCCCUUGUCAAAAACGACGAUUCAGCUGCCGGAUCGUUUCCAAAAACUAACUGACGAAUUCAUUUGUGCAGUGAAUGACUGUGCGAAGCGCGGUUUCCCCCCCUCCAUAUGUUGUCUGGGCAAGGACAAGAAGGCACUUAAUGUGGAACUGCGCUUCGCGCACCUUAUUCUGUAGUGAGUGUAUUUUUUGCCACACUGUAUUUUUAUUUUAAUAAACUGGGUUUUUGUUUUUGGGUAU